GCAUGGCAGAGCUGAGGGCAGGGCAGGGGACGAGAGAGGGAGAGGGAUGGAGAAGCUGAAGAGAGCGUCAACAAGCUUCUCGCUCCUGCAGGAGCAGACUGAGAACACACAGUUCUCGUCUUCCGACUACCAGAACGAUGGUUGGGAACCCUUUCUGCCACAACAGAACAGCGCAGGAGCACUGCACCAGAGCAUAUUGUCGAGCUUCAUUCAACGCAAGGAGAAGUUAGACUCGAUCCGCGGACAAGAGUUUCUGCAUGCUAAUCUCAGCGACUUCCGACGAGUCUUGGCAAAGCGAACACAACGGGUGUUGGCGACAGAAGGAAUCUCAGCUGACAAAUCAAAUUUGGGUGAAAACAUUGAAGGAUAUGUAAUCUUUGAUGAGAAAGAAAACAACUACAAGUAUCUGAAAGAAGAGCCUGAUGAAGAUCAGAUUAAGAGUUUCCUCAAGUCGGAAGGCAAGCGGUUGUUCGGGCACGAGAGGGCCCACGGGGAGACAUGGAGAUGGAAAGACAAGGCAAGGCGAGGAGGAGAUGAUGACUCGGAGGAGAGCGAGAGGCUCGAGGAAGAGGACUAUCAACUGGCCCUCCAUGUGCUGGCUCGCCUGCAUCAAAGCCCUCAGAUUGUCGUCUGCAUCAUCAGCCUCACAGGGUCGGGGUCUGAGUUCUUCGUCACCAAGAACAAGACUCGCUGCGCCGAAGCACAUGCGAUCUUGAAGAAAGCCCUCGCUCACAUCCUCAAGCUGGAAGGAGCUGAGAUCGCUGUCAACCCCGCACGACGCU